CGGGCCCCCCCCGCCAGCCCCGCGCGCUUCGACGCCGACCCGUGCGUGCUGGGCCGCGAAGCCUUCACCUCGGGGCGACACUGCUGGGUGGUGGACGUCACCCAGGGCCACCACUGCGCCGUGGGCGUCAGCAGAGAGUCCCUGCCCAGGAAGGGACCCAUUGGCUUCAACCCCGAGGAGGGGAUCUGGGCGGUGCAGCAAUGGGGGUUCAAGAACCGUGCCCUCACCUCCCCCCCAACCCCCCUCAACCUGCCGCGGGUCCCCCGGAAGAUCCGGAUCUCUCUCGACUACGAAUGGGGCGAGGUGGCCUUCUUUGACGUGGAGAACAAGACCCCCAUCUUCACGUUCCCGCCUACUUCCUUCGCCGGCGAGCGGAUCCGGCCCUGGUUCUGUGUGGAGCUGGGCUCGCUCUCGCUGCUCCGAUGACCCUCGGCACCGGCGGCGGAGCGGGCGGCUUGAGGGGCAAGGACGGGGGUGGUGGGAACCACCUUGCUCCAUCCAGAUGCCACCA